AUGGACUGGGCCGAAGCCUUAGAGAAGUGGUCGGAGCUGACGGGCGCCAAGGAAGGCUUCUACAUCUCGCAGCAGGCGCGCAACAACAAGUACACCGCGGUCCUCUGCGCCUCCGUCGUCUCCAACACCAAGAAGGAGAAACUCACAAAAAAAGAUCUCAUGUUCCAAAUAUACAGGCCGAACACGGGUCUCCAGGUGCGCCUGGAGUCGCUGGCGGAGAUCGAGAAGAAGUACCGCAAGGUGGAGAGCGCGGAGGCGGAGUCGUGGUGGCGCGCGCAGUACAACGCCUCGCAGCGCGUCUGCAGCCACGCCUACUGGCGCUCCGUCUGCAGGAACGCCAGCGACUGCGAGGUGGGUCUGCGCGUGCGCACGCACCACGUGCUGGCGGGCUCGGUGCUGGCCGUGUGGGCGCGCGUGGAGCAGGUGCUGGCGGCGCGCGCGCAUCUCAACAAGAUGCAGGUCGUGCGCAUCAAGACCGACGACGGCCUCAAGAUUGUCGGUACGCUGAUCCCAAAGAACUGCGUAGAGCCUCUAAAAGAGGCGCUCUCGUCGGACGCCGUGUCCGUGAGCGAACAGAAGUUCGACCAGCCCGACGCCAAGUGA